AGACGGAGGAGUUCGGCUUCACGCUUUAUAAAGAGCCUCUGUCCGCGGCGAGCCACUCUCUUCAACACUACUGUUGCUGAAACUUAUCGUUCCGAAAUUUUCGAACUGAGGCCGCCGAGAAACCGAAACAUUACCGUCCAUCAUGAGCGAGAGACAAGGAUCUGGAGCAGUUGCUGGUAAUAACAAGACAUCUGGAGCACAAGAUGCUUCCAAGACGGACGUUCCAGAAGACAUUGACAUCGACAUGGAUGACCCUGAGACUGAAAAGGCAGCCGUUGCCAUUCAGUCUCAGUUCAGGAAGUUCCAGAAGAAGAAACAUCAUGAGAAGUCUUAGUGUGCACCAUGUUGCUUUGCCACUGUGUGUAGAGACGACUGGUGGAAGAAACAGCACAGUGACAAUGGUGUGACUUUUGCAUGUAAACAAAUUCCUGUUGGAACUAUAAAGGUUUGUGAUGGGGUGUGAGGGGAAAGAAUGCAGUAGCCUGUUUAUCAUAUGACAAGCUUGUAAAUGAUCAUUAUCCUAUUAUUAUUAUUUUUGUUAUCAUUAUUUAUUAUUUGACCAUGAUAUCAAUAUAUAACUAAAAGGAAGAGUUGUCAGAAUUGUCUGUUGCGUGUUCAUUUCCUUAUAUCAUACAGUCUAGCUUCUGUUUUGUAUAGUUACACCUGCAUCAUUUCUUUCUCUAUAGCUCAGGACUAUGCAUCCCUCCAAAAAAACCUGUAUAUGUGGGAGUAGACAGAGCAAAAACUGUUGUUGGACUGAAGGUUGUUUUCAGGAAACUUGGCCUGGAGCAUCUUCAACAGAACAUUUUACCUAAGGCAUUUUUUCUUACCCGCAUGGUACUAUCAUCCUUGUAUCAUUUUACAUUGAAUAAAUAAAGACUCUGUUUGAAUCUUG